AUGACCAUGUCACUGCAAAACUCUCAUGAGUCUAGUAAUCAUAAACGCAAUCCGAUACGUAGUAUUGUUGAUUCAGGCAAAAGUUCAUCUAGUAUCAUGUGCUACGUAACUCUAGCAAGUAAUCAGGUUUACCAAGUAGAAGUGGAUCACAAGGCAGAUUGCCAGGAGGUGAUAGACAAGGUGUGCAAAUUAAUUGGAACUGUUGAGGAAGCUGGUUAUUUCGGCAUUCAGUUGGCCGGGUCGAAGAAUGAAAUGUACUGGUUGAAUAGCCGAAAUAGAUUGUCUAGACAGAUCCCUGGUUCACCUCCUUAUCACCUCUUCUUUCGCGUCAAGUAUUUCGUUCCACCUUGUACACUUCAGUUGGAAGAAACUAGGCAUCAGUUUUAUACAAAUGUCGUUUAUCAUUUGAAAAAUGGGUCGUGGGACGCUGGCACGUCAUUGGAGACGCAGUCACAACUAAUAGCACUUAUGGCUUACGUGCAGUUUGGUAACUACAAUCCUAAUACCACACCAUGCAAGUAUGCUUGCUUUUGGCCAGAAUGCCGCCAUGAAAUUCCUCCGGAAGCCAUUCGCAUGGCCGCCAGAUUUCACCAAGACUUGAAGGAUAUCACAAUAGCACAUGCUAAAUAUGAGCUUCUGUCAAUCGUCUCUAGAGAAUUCCCGUCUUAUGGGACCUACUUUUAUGAUAUCAAGGACAUAUUCGACCGCAAGUUAUUGCUUGGUAUUGGACCAAAUGAUAUAGUCAUCUGCAAUUCAAAUGGAGAGGUUAUCGAACGUUUUCCAUUUUGUCGAGUUCACACAAUCACGAACAGUGCACGAGUUGUUACAUUAAAUCUCCUCGAAGAUGAUGGCAGUGUAAAAGGCCAAAAUUAUCAGUUAUCAUCAACUCGUUUAGCUUAUGCUCUUUAUCGUACAAUAACUGAAGUACACGCGUUUUUCCAUAGUGACUCAAUAAAACAAUCUCUGCUUGAUCAAACUGUACGAGAGUCCUUCUCUUCAAUGUUUGAUCAUAAUGGCAAAGAAUAUGCGUUUGAUCUCCGCUUUACAUUUUUGGAAGUAUAUGACCGAGCGAGAAGGCGUAUGUUUCAUUGUACAAGCAAUACAAACGCACCACCCUCAUGUAUCCCAGUUGGUUUUCCUGAAAGAACAAGGAGUUUAAGUGGUUCAACUAAUUCUGUUAUUCAUGGAGAUAAUACUUCAACAAGUAGCUUGGAUGCUAUACACAAGACUGGAGAUUCUCGAACAGGUCAUGGAUCUUCGAGUAGGACUGAAUCAGUUGUCAGCGUUGAGGAAGUCCAAGAAAUAGUUCAAGAAAGUUUACGAGAGGUAGCACUUUGUCGUGUUUGUAUGGAUAAUCCGAUUUCGCGUGUCUUCUUUCCAUGUGGUCACACAAUUUGCUGUAGUGUAUGUGCAGAACGUGUAGACCAGUGUCCUAUAUGCCGUAAGAGCAUUGAACUGAGACAUCCAUGUUUUCUCCCUUGGAGUACUGAAUCAAAUGCUGAGGAUUUCACCUCUAUACUUGGAUGUACGUUUAAAGAUAUAAGCGAUCGAUUUAAAUCUCACAGGAGUUCACGUCAUCACAAACACCAUAUCCCAGUUGAUUCAACUUUACAUGCAACAGCAUCAGCACCUGUAUGUGAAUUAUCGUCCCUUGAAACUGAAACACAGUGGUCAAAUAAUCGUUCCCAUAAGUUUGAUCAGUCUAAUUCUAUAAACCUACCUCCAAUUUCUCCACAAUUUUCGACAUCUGUACCUGAUGAAAACUCCAACAAAGACCACCAACUUCCCUCAACUUCAGGCAAUUCAGCCGCUUUACCUAUUUCAUCUUCUGCUAGUCACGAAAAUCCCGAAACAGGAAAGUCUAACGACAAUUCUCGUCACGUCACCUGGCAAACAGAAGACUAA